AUGCUGCUUCUAUCUUCAUUUUCUUUUCUAACACUACUACAGUGUUCUAACGCCCAAGACAAAAUAAACAUUACACCUGCAGACUGUAAUACUGUUGAAGCAGAUGCAGGAGUGGCCCUUGAUUUGGUCAACAGACAUCGCAGAGAUGGCUAUGUUUCUGGUUUAUUCCGUGUUGCUGAUGCACAUGAACUACAUAUAGGAAAUUCAUCAGUCCUCCACUUAACUUUGGAUGUGCUGGAAACUGAAUGCUCUGUAUUAUCCAGAAGACACUGGGAGUCUUGUGAAUACAGUGACAGCUAUGCCAUGGACUUUGGGCAAUAUAAGAUUAUCACAUAUACAAGCCAGAUGCUGAAGAAACCUCAACUAUAUGGAUUUAAUUGUACAUUAAGUCCAGUUCCUCCUGAUUUAUUAGAGUGCAAAGAUUGCCCUGUGAAAGUUGAAGUCUUAGAAGUCACUAAGCAACAUAAAACUAUUGCUGCAAAUGCCCUGAAGAAAGUCAACAGUGAGGGUAAUUACACAAACUACUUCAAUGUGGAAAAAGUUGAAAAGAUUUUAAAGCAGACUGCCUCUCGUGAAGGUCACAUUUUAGGAUUCUCUAUAAAAGAGACCGACUGUUCCAAAUCUGCACAAGAAGAUCAGGCAUUGGAAUGUGAUUUUCUGGAUGACUGGCAUGCUCACGUGGGAUUCUGCAAGGCAAGAAUUAUCAGUGAUCCAGAUGAACUAGAUGGAACAGAUAUAAGCUGUGAAAUCUACCAUCGCUGGCAGCAUGACUAUGGGCAAAGAUGCAGAUAUUCAACCCUGGGACAGCCACAGAGACAUUCUCAUCAUCAUUUUGGUCACAGACAUCCUCACAGACACCAUCACAGGCAUGGAUGUCCACCCUCUUCUCAAUCCAGACCUGAAGACCCUGAGCAUAACCACAGUUUCAACCAAGAACCGUCCCCUCCACCCCCCCACAGUGGACCACAUCACCACCUUCACCCUCCACACCGCUGUCCUCCACCUCCUCCCCAUGGUGGACCACAUCACCACCCUCCUCCUCCCUAUGAUGCACCAUAUCCUCCUCCCCAAGACGAAUCACAACAUUCUCCUUCAGCUCCUCCUCCCCAUGAUGAACCACAUCAUCCUCCUCCUUCCCAAGAGGAAUUACAUCAUCUCCUUUCUCCUCCUCCCCAUGAUGAACCACAUCAUCCUACUUUUGGUCCCCAUCAUGGAACACACUGUCCUCUCCCUCCUCAUGGACCACAUCACCACCAUCCUACUCCCCAUCACAGACCACACUGGCCUCCUCACCCUCCUCAUGGACCACAUCACCACCAUCAUCCUCCCCAUUGUGGACCACAUCACCCUCCUCUUCCAGGACACCCUCCUCAUCUCUGUCAUCACUAUUAUAGACACCACUGCAACAAGACAGGAAUAUCGGGAAAGUACUUUCCAUUCCAAACAACAGACUAUCACAUUCCAGUUCUAAAUCAGCAGGAUUCUCUCACGCCUCCCAUUGCAAACUUUCCAGAGUUAUUCCAAAACAACCCUCACUCCUCCUGCACUGGUGAAGGUAUUCCCUUCACCGGCUCAAGUCUAAAGGAGAUGCCAGAAGAUCUGAGAUUUCCAGAUCACCCUACAGAAUCAAACUCAUGCCCAGGAAACCCCAAACUUGUUCUUCCAAAAAUUUUGCCCUUAUUUCCACAUAGAUCCAUGCAGAUAAAUUCCCCUACACGACCUCAGAGAAAAAUGUUCCUGGCUUGA